UCCUCCGUCUCCGCCUUUAAAGGAGAGGCCGUCCGCCCUCCCUGCUCCUGUGAAUGUCAUAUGGUUCAUCCUGCAACCUUCAGGCUUCAUCUGUCCAAGUGAGAACAUGUGGGCAGCGAGGCUCCAGCUAACCGCGGCACUGGUUCUGUUUGCCGCAGUGUCCGGGUCGCGGGCGGAGGUGAUCGAUGACGUCCUGAGCAGCCUCUCCAGGGGAGCAUCCUUCCUGGAGCGGCAACAUGAGCACAUCAACCUGGACGGGGUGGUCGGGUUCCUCAUGCUGCAGGCUGAACUGAAGGAAGCGGUUCGGACGUGGCCUCACACCGACCCAGUGAGCUGGGCUCAGAGAACCUCUGCUGUCACUCUGGUCAAACGUCUUGACCAAAGCUUCAACAAGGCUAUUGCCGCCCUGCAGCAGAAUGACCCCAAAUACUACAGAGAGUUUGAGCCGCUGCUUUCGUGGAGUUUCUGGUUGAUUCCUCAGGAUUGGAGCACCACAGAUCACAGUCUGGUCUACCCCUCCACCAUGACCACUGAGUGUUAUGAUGAGCAGCUCAGUGACAAAUGUUUCACCCUGCUUCUGGGAACCUGCAGGAAAAUUAAUGGCACGCCCUGCAUCGUCACCAAGCCCUGUCAGGACACCAUGACUCGCUUUGGUUGCCCACACUAUUCUCUGUCCCACCAGCUGCUCUACUUCAUGAUCGGAAAAAUGAAAGGCUGCACCAACCUGCUGAAAGGCGACACACGAGCAUCCAGAGCCAACAUGACUGAACAAAACUACCAGAAGAUCUUCUGUUCCAACAUGAUGAAGACCAAUCAGGACAUCAUCAAGGACGGCUUAACUGAACAGACAGUGGACAUCUUCAUUGAAAACAUCCUGAUUUGUGGAUUGGCAGGUUUCUCUGACUUCUACAAAGCUGACUGGCUGCAGGACAUCCUCAGGAUGCAGGAUGAAGAACUCGGCUGCUUUGGGAGAGACAAGAGCAUCAUCUCUCAGAUCAUUGGAGAUGAGUUGCUGGAACAGCUGCAGCCUCACAGGAGGGUGAAGAGGAGGGAGAAGAUACUUCCAGAUGGUUGUUCCAGUCACAUGACAGCAGUGGCAGUCGGUGCUCUGGGAGGGUACUUGAAUUACUACCUGACAGAACAGGACAUAACAAAGAGGCCACUCUCAUGAAGUCCCCCCUCCACCCCAGGUCGCCCUGCUGCCACACAGUGGUGGGGCGGUCACAGAAGGAACAUCAGGUAGAGAUGUUCUUCACAGUGGCAGACUGAAUCCCAACAUAAUAACAAUCUUUAUUUACCUUAAAUUAUGCUUUGUUUUAUCUACUGAAUAUGAA